CAUUGGGGACACUGAAGGAGCGCCAGACGCAGCAGCAAGUCUCCAGGGAAGCUUUUGUUUUCACCAGAUGAUGACGGGGGUUAAUUUAUUUAUAAUAAUUACCAGUAACACUUGGUUAUUUGCAGUUCCUCAUCCAGAAACUCUUACGAUAUCAUGUAAUAAUAAAAAAAAUCACGUAGAUGUAAUACUAAAAAAUUGCGGUAGUGUCACUAUAGGUAAACAAUGUAAAGCUUAUAGCGCAUCAUCAAUGCUAAUCCCUCAUGGAAAUACAGUCCAGUCCAAUAUUUCAAGUGAUUUUAUUCCACCAUUCGACAUUAGUGAUAAUUGUUGCGAAAGGAUAAAGGAAGAAAAAAUAAACAUUAGUGAAAUAUUUCUCAACGAACAUUAUAGGAAAUUAACAAAGCACAUCCCCGAACUUAAUGUAGCGAGCCAUAAGCUAGAAGAUAUUGAAAAGUUAGGUGAUGAAAUUCUAAAAAGGAAACUUGUAAACAAUUAUACAUUUCCAGCAUCUGUAAUUGCCUAUAUCUUAGCUCUUCUUGCUAUUAUUUUUAUUAUUUAUAAAUUGUAUACAAAAUGUACUAACAAGACAGCCUGUUGCGGAAUUAUUCCAAACUUAUGCAUUAGAGUUAAUCAGUCUGUGGAACCAUCUUCUAGAAAUAGUGAUAGAUAUGUUGCUCAUUAUAAUCGUAAUAUUAGCCAAAACUCUGAAAAUGUAGGUAACUAUGAAAACUCCGAAGAAGAGAAUGUUAAUUUACAGGCGCCCUCGCGCAGACCCAUUGGGUAUGUACCAUCAAGGCGACCAUUAAAAGAAAAAUAAUUUCCGCAUUUGAUACAUUUUUAAAUCUGCAAUAGUUAUAAAAAAAAAUGUUAGUUAAGUUAGAAUGUAAGUUAGUUAUAAUUAGUAGUUAAGACUUGUAUAAUACUUUUAUAUAUGUACUUUUAUUCAUUUCCAUCUGAGUUAUACUAAUUAAUUAUAUAAACAUUUGUUUUGAGAUUUCAUAUCACUUUCACCUCAUGAAAUCUCUCAUUAAGGGGGGAGG